AUUUGGUACGAUUUCAACUGAAACUGUCCCACAUACAGAUAAUAAGUACGACGCAAAUGACUAUAGUUAAAUUUAAUUAACAGAAGUAAUUUGAUGUUAAAAAGAAACUGAAAACUUGAUAAUGUUUAGAAAAGAUAAAGCUUUGUUUCGUAAAAAUAGCUCGUCGUCUAUAAUUAUUGGAAACGUAAUUGAUUAUAUCAGCAAGGGCAAGAGGAAAAAAUUGAGUCCGGGUUUGGUCAAUUCAAUUCAUCAGUUUUCGGAGAAAAUCUCUGAGGAGCUAUUAGAAAUGGUUGAUAAUGUACCGGUAACUUCAAGGGAAUCUUUACAACAGUCUUUUUUAUAUGUAAUGGAAAAUAUGUUCGAAGAUAAGAUAUAUACUUACGAAAGAAUUUUAUGUAUACUAGUAUUCGGAGGUCUUAUAGCCAAAAGAUGUAUUAAGGAAGGAAGAAAGAAUCUUAUAAAUAUAGUAAAAGAAUUACUAGAGCAAUUCAUAAAUGAUAAUAUAUUGGAUUGGUUAAACAAACACGGAGGAUGGGAAGGAUACUCUGCAUAUUUUGAAGAAGAAACUAUUGGGGUAUUACUUCUGAAAACUGGUCUUGCCGCUGCUGGUGUAGUAACAUUAGCUAUAGCUGCAAUCAGACUUUAUUAGUGUUUCUCUCAUACUAAAACGUAAUUUUCUAAUUAUUCCGUUUGAUUAGUAGUGAUAAUGUUUUUUUUUAAAUUUCUUUUUCAACGAUUUUCACCUCAAGUGCCAUUUAUUACUCAUCAACUAAUUAAAUUAUUAUAAAAUUUACGUGCAGGUAUAUAACUAUCAAUGCAAAUUUAUUUUAUUGUUAUCAUAUCGCUAUUGUUAUUUAAUGUGUAAUGAAUAAUAAAAUUUUGGUUCUAACGU